GGCCUUACAUAUCUGAAUCUGCCGUAGCCUCCAAUCGCUCGAUUUGAUUUUUUAUCAUUCAAAAAAUCAUAUUUUACCAAAAAAAUGACACCGUUUUUUCGAGCGGCUCAAAUCGUGACUUCUACAGACGCUACCUUCGUCAAAUCACUGCCAAGCGCUAGAGAGCGUACACAAUGUAUACAAAAAAAUACAGUGAUCACAAGGUGUCGUACGAGAUUCGAGUGAAAUCGAUUAUUUUGAUUUAAAAAUUACAUCAAAAUAUCGACUUUUUGAUGAUUACGUACAGCGUGACGUCAACGACGCAAAUCCCGUUCUCUCUCUUCGUAGCCGACGUCACUUUGCGUAGCUCGUGCGUUACUCGCUGCGACAUUUGAACGCCAGACAUCGCGGCGCCCAGUUUUGUGAAAUUUAAAAAUUAUGCUUAUCCAUGAUCCUAGUCACUAAAUCCUACAAAAACAUCACUAUCGUCUCAGUCAUAUGUUGUUUAUUUAAAAAUAUGGGUAUGCAUACGCUUAAUGCAUAUGAAAUUUGUCGAUUUUUGUUUUUGCAUACUUCCUCCGACACCGAUAGAUACCGUAGCAAUUGGUAAUACGUUAGGCCUGAAACCUGUAUCUAUACGAUCAUAAUGAUUAGAUAUGUCUGUUUACGAUCGGCAGAUGAUAAUAAUAUCUUUAACAGGUGAGCGUAGAACUCUACAUACAUGCACACAGCAGGAGGUUGGACCACAUACAGUGAAACGAAAGCGAGGAUCGAAAGUCACACCGGGCAGGAACCUCUGCCGAGCCGAUCAACGGGGAGCUCUGAGAAAAUCAGAAAAUAUGAAAAGUGAUAAUCAAGACGAAACCUGCUCUGCUUGUGGAUUAUGGAAUGAUCCAAAUGGAAGUACGGAAAUUGAGGAUGAAUGGGUCGGUUGCGAAAGCUGCAGCGAAACACAUUGGUUCCACAAGAACUGUUGCAAAGACCCGUCUAACCCAUGUGGAAAUGAUUACAAUUCUUGAUUUUGCCAGCGUUUCCUUCAAUUCAUCUGUUUAUUUUUAACUGUCGAAUUUUUGUUCAUACCUUACUUGUUCCAUAUUGCUUUUUGAUUUCAAUUUUUACUUUUGCCAGUGUUUCAUUCGAUUCAUCCGUUUAUUUUUAAUUGUCUAAU